GGCUGUCAAGAUAGACACGGCGGCUGUCACUGGCUCAGCAGUCCAGUCUAGUCCAGUCCGCGAGGUGAUGCGUGGCUGGUGGACGUCGUUCAUUGUAAUGCCCAUCGCGUCGCAAUGUCUCUCCACGUACAGCUCAAGAACGUGUUGCUUGGCACGCUGCUUCUGGUCCUGGUAGCGGCCCAGGCUGACGGCUUCUCCUACGAGGAUCUGCCGGCGGUCGCGAUGGAGUACAAGGUGCACAUCGAUGCCGGCAAGGAAGACUGCUACUCGCAAUUCGUGAAUCCUGGCGCAACCUUCUACGUCAGUUUCCAGGUCCUGCGUGGCGGAGACAUGAAGGCUGGUUUUGCGGUGAGAAAUCCGGAAGGAGUUAUAGUUUUCCCUUACCAGUGGCGUGCCAAUGCCGAUUAUCAGGAACAAUCUAAAAACGGUGGCUAUUACACCGUGUGCAUCGAUAAUCAGUUCUCGAGAUUCGCCGCGAAGCUGGUGAACUUGUACAUUACUGUAAUAAGGUACGACAAAUGGCAGAAAUAUGCGCAAGAGCUGGAAGACUUGAAUCUUUCCGUCGAAAACUUCACGUCCACAAUCACAAACGUGGAGAGAAACAUCAAUGAGAUGCUGCAGACGCAGCACAGGAGCAGGAGCAGGGAGGCAAGGGAUUUGAAUUUGUUGCUGGACAACAAUUACUACGUGCAAGUGUGGUCGAUCGCGCAAGUGUUGGUCAUCACGGGGACGACUCUGGUGCAAGUACAUCUCGUUAGGAAACUGUUCGACGCAAAACCGUCUGGGCAUUCCAAGAUGCGCAUUUAAUGUAGCGCGUAUGAAACCGCAGAUGUCAAUUCUUCAUUCCGCGACAACAUCGUUCGAUAUCUUGUGAUAAAGCAAUUAAUUACUUGGCUAAGCCCACGUGUUAAUGUAACGUAUGAACGUCUUGAUUAAUGCGCCACGUUCUGCCACGUAUGAUUAAUACGUUUAUGCAUUAUCUUCAUGCAUCAUCUUUAUUGCGUCAAUUCAGUGUGCAAUGACCUCGAAACUGUCUUCACACAUCGAGAGCAUGAAAAGUUAGCGACAUUCUGAAAUUUGUCAAGUAGAACAAAUUUCUUGAUAAAACGAACUUCAAAUUCAUGGAAAACGUGAUGAAAUCCUCACGGCAAGAUUAUGUAUUCUCUAUCGAAUUCUCACAUCAUGUUACUUACGUAAGUUUUAGCUGCACCACAAUUUUUUUUAUUAUUCUUACGAAGAGAUUCCAGAUCACGAUAUCUUCUUUCUUUUCACCUGUAUUAUUACAUGUAUAUUAAUGUGUUUCGUAUAUUUACACUCGAAGCACCGUUUAAGACUGUAUUCUCGCAUUGCAUUUAUCAGAGCCACUUAUCUUCAUUAUCUAUGAAUAUUCAAUUAUUUUUAUUAGCUCUUGCUUAUUUAACUCCAGACUUACGCACGACCAAGUCGAACACAUUUAAGAAUAAAAAAAAGUUUAUGAAAUAACGUUUAUACUGCAUUUGUAUAAAAAUAAUAAACAAGUAAAUACCUUUGUUAUAAAA